GAAAUGCCACGCUUGCAAGGCGUCGUCGUGCAGCUAUCAUAACGUACCCUGGCACAGCAAGGAGACGUGCGAGGCGUACGAUCGCAGGACGAAGAAGCAGAGGAAGAACGAUAAGGCGUCGGAGAAGCGGGUUAAGGAGAUUACCAAGUCGUGUCCCAAGUGCAGGAGGGACGUGCAUAAGUAUUCGGGGUGUGAUCAUAUUACUUGUGAGUCUUUUCCUUCUCCCUUUUGCUCACUUUCUAUUUUCCUUUCCUCUCUCGAGUGGUUUUGCGCAUAACAGCCCGCGUAUAUGCACGUGAGAUGUGAUGAGGUGAGAUGGACCUGAUUAACACAUGUGAACCCCUUAAAGGCAUAUGCGGUCAUGAAUGGUGCUACAUCUGUCUAGCAGAAUACUACCACGACCACAACGCCCUGUUGCAAUGCAAGCACAAGCGCGACUGCAAAUACUUCGAUAACCCACCCAUAUACGAAGGCGACCGGGCCUUCCGCCCCUUCUUGGCCAUGAACCAACGCUUCCGUCCACCACAACCUGCGCCUCCACCCCUAUUCCACGACUGGCUCCGUCCGGCGGGUCCGCCUGGCGGAGGAUUUCCGCCACGGCGGCCGGCUCCUGCUGGGGGUCCCCCACCGCCACCUCCGUAUGUACCCCCGCCCCCCGCGAAUCCGAAUGCAGACCCGUUCCGUUUGGCACUUAAUGGUUUUUUUGCUCGAGGAGAACACGCGAAUUUUCAUGUUCAUCAUGCGCGACGAGAUAAUGACUUUAUGGGGGCUGCGGCUAUGUUUACGCUGGGGCAGAUGGUGCAGCAGGCGGGUCGGGAUUAGGAUAUGUAAUGAUAUAUGUUUAUUUGUAUAGUCUUUAAUUUCUUUUUGACUUAUACGGAUUGGUUGGUGUUGCGUUGGUCAAGGCACACCGCCUGUGUGCUGCUAGGUGUAGCGCUCGAGCCAACUAGCCACAUAUAGUCCUUCCACAGCUACAUUCUCCUGAAAAUUGAA